CUCAAGAAAAAUGGCGGCCUCCGGUGGAUUUUCCUUCGGUGGUACUUCUUCACUUUCAACUACAAAACCAACAGGAAUUACAUUUGGCACGCCAUCAGCGGCAACAACAACUACAUCAGGCCUGGGUUUAGGCAUGCCGGCUGCCGCAGCAUCGUCUAGUUUCUCACUGGGUGGAACCAAGACAGGUGGAUUCAGCUUUGGGGGAACAGUAAUAAGCACCACAACCACUGCAGGCACAACAACCACUGCCUCGGGGGGUCUGUCGUUGAAUCUUGGCCUGAAGACAACCACCUCAGCCUCAGGCUUUAGCUUUGGAGCCAGCACAACGACCAAGCCGGGCAGUCUGUUUGGGUCUACUCCAACAGCGGGAACCGGAGGCUUUUCACUAGGGGGGACGUCGACAUCAGGGGGGCUUAGCCUAGGUCUCCAAAGCACUACCACAACCUCCUCUUCGGGGUUGUCUUUGGGCGGCUUAUCGGGAAUCACCUCCACCGGUUUUGGCCUAGGGGGUGGCACCACCGUCACCACCACCCCAGCGUCGGGCAUCAGCAAAGGGCUGGGAGGGGUGGACCCGUCUUCGUUGCUGGCCACUUCCAGUACAACAGGAACCACCGGUACUGCAUCAUUGGGCACCAGUGAUAACAAGACAAUAAAAGAAACUGCCCUACCGCCAGAAAUUAAUGAAACAGUCACAUCAUUCAAGGAGUAUGUUGAGAAACAAAAGGCCAUCCGUGAGGAGAUUGCUCGCUUCUCGGUCAAGCCCUACCACCGGGUGCGGGAGGAUAUCGCUGCCCUGAAGCAGCUGCUGGCCGUGGUGUCCAACGGCCUGCAGCGCAAUGCUGGGGCCGUCCACAAGCUCAAGCAGGAGUCAGCCCAGGAGCUGAAAAAUGCAGAGACAGCCCACCGCACCCAGGAGAUCCCCCCUGCCCUUCAGCUGGAGAACUACGCUCCCACCGAGUAUUUCCAGAGACUGACAGCGCAGUUUGAGGAGCAGAUGCAUUUAUGCAGGCAACAGAUUGAACAGAUGGAGAGCUUCAUGGCUGCCUUCGCACAGCCCAAUGUCUACACGCCUCAAGAAUUGGCCACGAUACUGGUGAAGCUGAAUGAAACUUUCAUUGCUCUGGCUGCACAGCUACAGUUGGUCCAUGAAGCUGUCAGAGCUCAGAAAGAGCAAUAUCUUAACUUCCGUCGAGUCUACCACGGCGAAACAGACAACGUGUUUGCCCUUCAGAAGAAGGUCGCCGAGAGAGAGCAAAAGAUGGCCGCUCGCCCAACCGGACCACAAGCCUUUGAUAACAUCUCCAAUGCUGCUGCCAUCGCCAUGGCAACUGCUCUUCAGACAGCCCAGAGACCGACAGGAAUACAGGGUGCUGGACUAACAGGCCCCUUCCAAGGUGGCAUAGGGGGCACCACCGGCUUGGGCACUGGAGGAUUUGGAACAGGCACCCUGGGCUUGGGAACAGGCACUGGCCUGGGAGGUGGACUGGGCGGGGGACUGGGUGGAGGACUGGGUACCACGGGGGGACUGGGUGCUGGUGGAUUGGGCACCGGGGGCUUUGGGACAGGUGGCUUUGGCACCCAGUCUACCGGGCUGGGCAGCCAGACGAGCGGACUGGGCACCGGGCUGGGCGGAACGUCAGGUUUCGGCACCAGCAGCACCUCAUUCGGGUUUGGCACAACAAAACCAACUGGCACUGCAGCCAGCUUUGGAGGCAGUUUGAGUGCUGGACCGACGGUUGGAAGCAGUUCCUUUGGAUUUGGCGGUGGAUCAGGUUUGGGAAUGACCAAUUUUGGCUCUGCUACCACGGGCAAGCCGCUUCAGCUUCAGAAACCUCCCAGCAAGUUCAGGAAGGGAACCAGGUAGAGGAAACCAAAGGAGUCAAGGCUUUGCAUCUCUAUACAGUUGAAGUCCUUGCUCAUGUAUGAUACAUCCUCACUCAUGUGAUACGCCCUCAGUUCUGUGCUUGUCACAUCCCAGGAUUUAGUAGUCAGUGUUCAAUAGACAUCAAAGUAAAUCAGAGAUGGCAGAUUUGCAUACAGUAAGAGCCAUGCCAGGAGCCUCUGAAAGUGUGGACAUGGACCGUUUCCAGUUCAUUGCAGUAUUUCUGUGCGCAUGUACUGAACAACUGAUUUGGACAAGUUUUCUAAUAAUGUCGGGGUGCACUUUUACAUAGCGUGGUCAUCUUACCGCACCUUGACUACAGGUGCUGCUGCAGUCAGCAGCAAAAUUAUACCUUUCCAGUCCCAGGUUUUGUGCAAAAUAGUUUGCUGUACAUGUUAAUAAAGAAUAAAAUUUUCUCUCAAGUUCACCAGCCCUUCAAAGAAUUCUGCUUUCACCUUGGAAUUGUCCUGUAAUGUGAACCCUGUGGUAUUUUUUUUGACAGCAACCUGACUUGGCCUCCCCAGUUUUGAAGUUUUUGAAAGGGUGUUGCAUGGCAUACAUUGGGCAUCUUGUCAUUAUUUUGAUGAUGUGCUUUUAAUAUACAUUAUUGGGUGGUUGUUGGUAAUAGAUUAAGCCUCCUCUGCAUGUGUUACCGAUGGUGAGGUCUUUAAGGUUUUGUUGUAUUUCACUUGAGGCUUUUUUUGCUAGUUGAGAUUAAUACCACAACUGCUUACGUUGACCUUCCUGUGCUAAGCUGAUGAAAUGCCAUGCCAUGAGUAAUGUUUAGUUUCUCUUUCUUUGUAUUCGUAAACAGAAUCUUAUCAAUACAUCUGUACAAAAGA